AUGAAUAUCGAUUCUGGAUAUUGGGAUGAUUUGAAAAAUGACAACUUUGGUGAGACUCUUGACGAGAGAUUCUUGUAUAUCUUGUGUAACGAUUACGAAAGAUACGAGGAUAUGGUCGUAUCUAACAAAUUAAAUAAAGAAGUUAACGCCGAAUUUUACCAAGAGCGAUUGGACGCGCUUUUAGAAUCUAAGAAGAUCCAGUUGGAGAAAUUAAUUCAAAUUCAAGCCAAAGAAAUCAAAAUUUUGAUAAAUGGAGGACACUCAAAUCCUUCUCAACAUGAUCAAGGAAAAGAAAAAAUUGGAACUAUGAAAGAUGUUGCAGAUGCCAUUAAAAGAAAGAUUAUCAUAAAAGAUGAUGAUCCUAUAAUUGGGCGAGAUGAAUUAUACCGACAAUAUUACGCCGAACUUGACCAGAUUAAGGAACGUCAAGAAAAAGAACUUCGAGAUUACUUGUCAUUUUAUAAUAGAGAACAAGAGUAUUUUGAGAGAUGUAUGAUCAAGGUUAAGAAAAAUGAUGAAAUCGCAUUUUCCGCUGUUUCAUCUAGUAAUGAUGAUACAAACAACAACAAUCUCGGAUUAAUGAAAUUUCGAGCGGAAUAUAAUUCCAUACCAAAUGUGCAUAAAAGUUCAAAGGUCACUUUUGUUACUUUGGAAGACUCAACUAGUGUUAAAGUCGAACCCGCUUCUUAUGGUAUUUAA